CUGCACACUUGGGUUAUGGUUGGUGUCUUUUAUUUCUUCUUUUUAAUGGUGAAGCAGAGAGACAGGAUAGUUUUUAAAUCUCGGGGUUGUUCAGAUCGGGAAUUAUGCAAAUUCCUACAGUGGAUAUAACAUGGAAAAAUCAAAUUUGUAUUCAGCUUCUCAAAGGAACCUGCCAUCAUAAAGGCUUGUGUGGGCUCGUGCUGCAGGUGUGGGCUGUUGAGACACACAAACCCAAGGACGGGGUGAGGAGUGGCUGCGGAAGCUUCGGCCCAUCCUGCUCCAUCCGCUGCUGGCGGAGGGCAGUUGUUGAGGAUUUCUCUUUUCAUCUGAUCUAUGCACGGUCAAAUUGUAUGGAUUGUCUUUAGACCAUCCAUUAGUUCCAUGCUUAGCUGAAGCUCUGCUCUCAGCCUUCAAUAUGCCUGCAGUAAAUCUCUUGAUGUCAGUGAACUAGAGUGAGUUCUACCAAAGAGAAGUGAUGAAGCACGCACUUCUGCUUCAGUGUGGAUGCCCUGCUGCUGAAAGUCAAGCGCCUUCUCCUGCUUUGUGGAUAAUGGGCCUGCUUUGUUUCCGUAGCAUCCAGGUGUGAGGUCCUGGACACGCUGUAGGGAGCGCAGGGCAGCAGGCCUGGGAGCUGCGGCCCUGUGGGUUGGAGUGCCCCAACUGCCAGAGGCAGGGAGUGACGUUGGGGCAGCAGUUGGGGCGUGUGUCAGGUGCUGGGGUUCCGCCGUUGCUAGGCAGAGCUGUGUCUGUUAGGGCAGUGUGGAGCAGCUCUUCCUCCAUCCAGUGCAGAGGCCCAAAGUGUGGUGAGCUUGUCAGGAGGCAGUGCCAUGGCCCAGCUGGAGUGGGCAGAGAGCUGGGCGGAGCAAGGAGCAGCUGGUGUUGCCCAGAGAGCUGUCUGCCCCAAGGUCACCCAGCCCAGCAGGGCUGCGGGCAGGCUCUGCAGUGGCCGUGGCAGCAGCUGGAGGAAGGAGCUGAGGGAAAGGCUCCUGCAGAGCAGCAGCCUCAGCUGCUCCAGGCACUUUGCUGCCAUGCGGAUGGCACCCGGUGGCAGCGGCCUCCUGGCAGGGCAGCAAGAGCAGGAGCGGAGCCCCAGGGUGCUGUCGUUCAUCCUGCACCGUGAGUGGCUGCUGGCGGCGGCUGGGGGUGACGCGGGGAACAUCCUGAGGCUGCUGGACCAGGACCCCAGCCUGGUGAACGCGGCAGACCCUGUGACGGGAUUCACCGUCCUGCACUGGCUGGCCAAGCACGGCCAGCAGAAGACCUUCAUCGAGGUCAUCUCCCGCGCCCGGGAGAAGGGCUGUCCCGUCAACGUGAACGUCCGCACGGCCAAGGGUGGGUUCACCCCGCUGAACCUGGCUGCCCAGCAGGGACACGCGUCGCUCAUUGAGGUGCUGGUGAAGGAAUACAAGGCGGAUAGCAGCCUCAGGGAUUACAGCGGGCGCAAGGCCUGGCAGUACCUGCGGGCAGGCACCUCCCGGGAGCUGAUGGAGCUGGCGGGGGCCUUCGCGGUGAAUUCGACCCAGCCUGGCACUCACAGCUGCAACUCUGAGGGAAAGGACCACCAGGAUGUCGUGACUGAGGGAAGAGCCCCGCGCCCCUGGCGACUGUUGUCUGUCCCCAGGCUCAUCAGAAGAGCGUUUCCCUUCUUCCGUAGAUGCUGAAGUGCCUCCUUAGCCCGAGUUCACCUUUCCUUUGGAUUGUUGUUGGUUUAUUAAAUAACAGUUGCUUCUCAGUAAAGUAAAAGCUGUAGUUCCC